CAUUUACGGACAUUCCGGGUCCGUGGCAUCCGCUGUGAGGACGCGUCGCUGGCUGUUGUCAGUUGUUACCGAGCUUCGGCCAGAGACAGAUAGUCUGCGAGUGAGUUCAUCUGGUUUCCGCUUCCGGUUCCGUGCGAGUCUUUGGCUGCUAACCUGUGGUUGUGUCCUUUUUUGCUACCGACUUUUGUAAACAGAAGAACAUUUACGAACCCAAAAACCAAACACAAUAUUGGUGUAUUUUUCUAGUAAUUUUAUGGAAACAGGUUUCCAGCUGGCUCGUGAAAGUCAAAGUGCAAAUUGGCCCAGAAAACAAGAACAACAACAAUAACAAUAACAAAUCCAAAACCAAAAACAACAAAAAGUUCAGGUCGUGUGGCUGUGUGUGUGUUAGAGAGAGUGUGUGUGUGUGUGCAAUUGAUUAAACAAAAACGAGUAACCUAGGCCAACUGGUUGUGGAGAAACCCCAUCGUAAAGCCGCGGACUAAAUUGUCAAAUCCAGGAUAAUGGGCUGCAACACCAGCCAGGAGCUGAAGACAAAGGAUGGGGCCGCCAUCGAUGCGGUCAGCAAUGGGGAUGCGGAGCCAAGUGCUCCGCCCUUAGAGGGCGAUUCCGGCUCCAAGUCCUCGAAUAAUCAUACAAAUCACGCCAAAUCAAAUUCAAUUAUCUCCAACGGUGAUGCCAAGGCGGCGAAUGGGGGCGGCUCGGCUGGUGGCAAGUCAGAAGCAACAAAUGGCAUUGACCGUCCUUGCGACAAGGCGGCAAUUACGGAGUUCAACGACGAGGAGGACGAAGCAAAAGCCGCAACAAAAAUCCAAGCCGUCUAUCGAGGCCACAAAGUAAGAGAAACCAUGAAAAAAUCGGAAACCAAAACCGCGACCAACAAUGGCACUGCCACCGGAGCAGCUCCAUCGGCCGAUGCCGCCGGAGCAGCCGCAUCUUUAGAGCCAACCAAAGCCGAGCUCGAGGCUGAAUUCGAUCCAAAUGACAAGGAGCUCUGCCAUGCUGCGUUGAAGAUUCAGUCCACAUUCCGUGGUCAUUUGGCACGCAAGCUGGUCAACAAGGACGCGCCCGAGGAUGAGGACAUCCAGGAGAUAACCAAGAAAGUGGCUGAAGAAUUGGACAUUGAUUUAACCGACCCCGAGCUUAACAAGGCUGCUACCAAAAUCCAGGCCUCCUUCCGCGGCCACAAGUUACGCAAAGAAACUAAUCCCGAAUAAGGAAAUCAUCACUUGAAUUUUGUUGGUCACGGCUGCUAAAGCUUAAUGAAAUGCGAUUAAAAAAUAUUGGUAAAUUGUAAAUGUGUAAAAGGCCGAUCAAGAUGAGGGCACACAAAUGUAAAACCCUUAGUGAAUAUGUUUUAACCCAAAUUGAUUCUCAUUAACUUUAAAUAAUAUAUGGUUAAGUCGAGGAGAGUUAAAUUUGAUUUGCAAAGCUUUAACAAUGAAGAGUUGUAAGGAGGAUAAGUGCUAUGUUGAUUUUGAAACCAAGUUGGUUGCUUGUUUCGUUUGAUUACCAACUUAUAGAAUAAACAUAAAUCUCAGUUAAUUAAUAAUGAAAUACACUUUGUGUUUUAGUCUCUGCUACUUAUUAUCCCCAAGACAGUAACUAAUGAAGAACUAAACGUAAACUAAAAAUAAAGUUACAUUUUCAAAAGAAAACCUAAUGUUACAGAAAGAUAAAUAAAAGGCACGAUGUUCCAUAAAAAUUAAAGUAGGAAAAAAAUGCGAAACCAAUUAUAAGACAAAUGCAAGGAAAAUGCUGAACAAAUUUUUGGGAAAACAUUUCCAUUUUGUCUGGCCAAUGCCAAAAAAGUAAAAAAAAGUUAAUUGUACCUACAUGCAUAUGAACUUGAUAUAAAAAAACCAAAGAAACUCAAUGUUGUUUCAGAUUAAGGAAAUUAAGGGGUAUCCAAGCAACAUGAAGCAGCUUCGAAACGUCAACUCAACAAUUUUUCAGCCUUUGAGCUCUACAAGUAUAAACUGAUAAAUAAAUGAUAAAUGAUGAAAAAAA